AUGAAAAUGCAAUACAAAAAAUCAAUUAUCUCUGCAACAUUAGCAUCGACUGCCCUUUCUGCAUAUGUUCCACAUGAGCCCUGGGAUACUUUGAUUCCAACUGCAACCUAUAAAGGCGGUAUUAGUGAUUAUCCCUCGACCUUUGGGAUUGCUGUCGUGCCAAUAGUUGCAGCGGCAACAUCCCAGCCAGUUGUGGGGGAAAGAGCAUUUAAAAGAGAAAUCAAUGAAGAAAAUAUUAAAGAUUUUGUGGGUGGAAACUUUGCUAAACCUGCUGAAGAUCGCAAGUUAGUGGUUCCAGUAUCACAAAUUCCAGAUGGCCAAAUUCAGGCCACGACAUUAACAUCGACUAUUAUAAUAAGAAAAACUAUAGUUCCUGUCAGUCAAAUUCAUGAUGGUCAAAUUCAGGCAACUGCAACGACCCCUCAACCAAAGAAAACUGUCGUUCCCGUUACUCAAAUCCAUGAUGGUCAGAUUCAAGCUACUAAUAUUCCGACUGUGCAAUUUAAUAAUGAGAACCGAGUAGGAAUGGAAGCCCAAGAGCAAGAAUUGGAAGAACAGGAUGUAGACGACCAAAGUGUCGAGGAAGAGGAUAUAGCAGAACAAGAUGUAGGUGAAGAAAGUAUGUUUGAAGAAUAUGAACCUUUUGAAAAAAGAUCAGAUAUUGAUAUUGAAGAUAUUACGGCAGCAGAUGCUUGCUACUCUGAAGGUAUAUUAGCAAUGACUUUGAAGGGUGGUAUGCUAACUGAUUCUAAGGGUAGGAUUGGUUCUAUUGUUGCUAAUAGGCAAUUCCAAUUUGAUGGUCCCCCACCACAAGCUGGUACGAUAUACGCUGCUGGUUGGAAUUUAACUCCAUCUGGCAAUUUAGCCAUUGGUGAUAAUGAUGUAUUUUAUCAGUGCUUAUCCGGUAAUUUCUAUAAUUUAUAUGAUCAAUCUAUUGGCGGGCAAUGUUCACCAGUUUAUCUGCAAAGUGUCAAUUUAGUCAAUUGUUAA